UAUGACAAAAUGUCGGUGGCGUUUUCAUCUGCGCGCCCCAGAAGUAAAGGGGAGGUGACACAGCAAACCAUUCAAAAGAUGCUGGAUGAAAAUCAUCAUUUAAUACAGUGUAUAAUGGAUUACCAAAGCAAGGGAAAGACAGCUGAAUGCACACAGUAUCAGCAGAUCCUGCACAGAAAUCUUGUUUACUUGGCCACAAUAGCUGAUUCAAAUCAGAACAUGCAGUCAUUACUACCUGCGCCUCCCACUUCCAAUAUGUCUCUGGUUCCUGGAGGGAUGGGCCAGAGUGGGGGGCAUGCUCAAAGCAACCUCAAUGACAAUAUGGGACCAGCACUGCCACCAACAUCAAUGAUGCAGAGCCAAAUGAGCAAUGGCCCCAACCAUGCCCCCAUACAGCAGCAGUCUGGUCAGGUGCAGUCGGCUAUUCCCUCCACAUCCCUCAGCCUGCCAGCCAGCAGCUAUGGCAGCUCGGUCCCUGGGUACAGCCACGCUGCGCCCUCCUCCCAGGGUAGCAUGAUCCAGGGCCCUGGGCCUGGUUAUGCGUCUUCUUCCUCUUCUUCCUCCACGUCCUCAUCCUCUUCUUCCUCCUCCCGCAGCAACCUCAACAUGCAUUCCAACCAAGUCUCCAUGAUGCACCAACAAUCUGCUACACCACACUACUCCUCAGCCCAGGCUGGGGGCCAGCACUAUCAGGGACAACAGGCCAUGGGCAUGGUGGGUCAGGGCAGUCAAGGAAACAGCAUGAUGUCUCAGAGGCCUAUGGGAUCCUACCGCUCUUCCCAGCAAGGAUCUGCACAGCAGUACAUGGGACAAGACGAGUUCUACGGAGAGCAGUAUGGACACACUCAGAGCUCCAGCGAGCCCAUAAACCAGCAGUAUUACCCUGAUGGUCAUGGGGAGUAUUCAUAUCAACAGUCUUCAUAUGGUGAACAAGGGUAUGACAGAUCAUUUGAUGAGUCCUCACAACAUUACUAUGAAGGAGGUAACUCUCAGUACAGUCAACAGCAGGCGCAGUAUCAGCAGAGCUCUGGCCAGCAGCAAGCCUUCAGUCAGCAGCAGUACUCCUCUCAACAAGGCUACAGUGGACAGCCCCAAGGAUAUGGUCCUGUCCAGGGAGGAUCGUCCCAGUAUUCCCAGUAUCAGCAGAGUCAAAGCCAACAGUACGGAUCAUACCGUGCUUCACAGGGAGGCCCUGGAGCGCAGACACAGAGGCCGUUCUCCUAUGAACAGGGUCAGUAUGGAAAUUAUCAGCAAUGAGGCACCACAAUGUUUUACUGCUGGAAGAAAAAUGUGCGAUGAAACAUUCAGCGGUGAUGUACUGGGCUCAGCUAUGGAUUAGAAGAUCUGGCUGCAGCAGAUUUAUUAUCCUCUCAUUAAUCAUCAGUCUAGCUAAAAUAAUUAAUCCAGUCAAAUGUGAUGCUUCCCUCCUCUGUCUUAAUUUCCACAGGGUUGCAGCUGGUUUUGGUGCUUGCAGAAUCAAGGCAGUUAAUGCAACCGUAUUUUAACAAGCUACUAAGAAAGUGGCAGUAGCGUUGUCAGAUGCACCUCAGCAACCUGCACAAAUUAACUUGUCCUCUAUCCCCUACCUUUAUUGUUCUAAGAGUCUUUGAUGUUAUUUUAUUUUUGGUGCACAGAGCAGGACUUUGGUUUGUGAAACUGUGGGGCUAUAAAAAGCAAAUUAGCCAUGAAGAGAAUAUUUCAUGAUAUUUGAUUAAAACACUGUAAGCUUGCUCCAAUUCCUGGUAGAGACACUGUUAUAGCUCAUGAUAAGGUGCAUUUAUUAAGCGAAAGUGAAAAUGUUGGUCCUUAAACCUGACUUGAUCAUGGGCUUUGUCUGUGUUAGUCAAACUGUGAUGUGUUGGUGUGUGGUAUAACAUUAUGUGUUUUCACUCUUCAUAUGUCUUGCUGAGGUGAUGGACAGACAGAUAGUUGACAGGUGAAAACUUAAAAACGUGUAUCAUUCUCCAUGAUAAUCCUACAUCGUGGUAGUAUUUUUGACACUAUAUUUUGAGUGGCAUUGCUCUGCGCAGGCAUAUAGUUUUUGUGCAGAGGUAAGGAGUGUUGCACUCUAAUGCCAUUCAGUAAUGAUUUUUACAUUAAAUUGCAUUGCCACUUUGUCUGCACUUUAUUUUGCAGUGACAGUGUGUGUAUUGUCUGAUAUUUUGUAUUGUAGUGCGAUUCAGGCUGUUGUUAAGAAAUGAUACUCAAAAAGCCAAAGUAACACGGGAACAGUAACAUGUCCUGCACCUCUUAUCUACUUCAAUAAGUGCAAUACACUCAACUCUGUCAGUCAUGUGGAAGUUGGCUCUUACGGUGAACUUUACGUGAUUAUAUGUAGUUUUUUUUUUUUUUUUUUGACAUACAGCUGUAGUAAAGACAGAGAUCAUUUGUCUCAAGUUAUUAAAUGUUAUGUUGCAGGAAUCAACUAGAAUGUGAUAGACUAUUUAAGAAUAUUACUUUAUUUAUGUGACUUAGAGGCAGAUAUGUGAAGGCUUUUAUGACAAACAUAAAGCUUACUACUUUAGUAUUUUUUUCUUUGAAAAAUUUUUAAGUCAUUAAUUGUAUUAGACGAGAGAAUUAAUGUUAAAAAAAUAUUACAAGUAUUGCAGUGGUAUAAUUUUUGUACAUGCUGUACAAGAAUUUACCUUUUUUAUAUUUAUUUUCUAGCUAUCUACCUAUCGGCAUGUUAUUUCUUAAUUUAUCUAUUUAAAAGAAACAAGAAAAUAAAAAAAAAAAAAAAUUUAUUUCUGUGGUUGUGAGGGUCCAACUUUGCAGUAUCCUGUUGUAACUCAUCUUGUUGUAACUCAACUUACCUCAGAGGGGAAGAAUAAAACAAGAAUUGUGGUCAUUCUGCAGGGGUUAUCAAGAAUGGGAGAUACCUGGCUGUCAAACAGCUAAAUAACUAUGUACCACUCAACACUGACAAUCACAGGCCUCUCUAAACUGUAAUGAAUUGGUAUCAGUGUCUCAUUUUACUGUGAACCAAACAUGUGUGGCAAGUCUUUGUCCAGUUCUAUGUAGUGUCAUCACUCAUGGGUGGUAUGCCUUGUUUGUGUGUGUCGUGUGAGUGUGUGUGUGUGUUUGCGCAUAUGUUAGAGAAGGAGAGAGUCAAGUUUGAUGUGCAUAAUCCAAAUAUGAAUGUUAUCAACUUUAACUAUCUAUUGUAAGA